UUAGAGCUUUCAUUUUUUGCAAUUGGUGGAAUUUAGAAAAGAAUUGAAGUCCCAUCUCAUGGCGAAGAAAUUCAGAUCAUCUUGGCUUUUUAUCACCUUGGUUCUUCUUCUCACUAAUAUAAGUUGUUUUGGCAAUGCUGCGAAUGAUAGUGAAGGGUUAGGAGCUUCUUUUAUCUUCGGCGAUUCUCUGGUGGACGCCGGCAAUAAUAAUUAUUUACCGACCUUGUCCAAGGCAAAUAUACGACCCAAUGGAAUUGAUUUCAAAGCGUCCGGUGGAAACCCUACCGGCCGCUACACUAAUGGCAGAACCAUAGGUGAUAUUGUAGGGGAAGAAUUGGGACAACCGAAUUAUGCUGUACCAUUCCUGGCUCCAAAUUCCACUGGCAAUGCUAUACUAUAUGGCGUGAAUUAUGCAUCAGGAGGAGGAGGGAUUCUGAACGCAACUGGAAGAAUAUUUAUUAACAGGCUUGGACUGGAUAUUCAAGUAGACUAUUUCAACAUCACAAGAAAACAAUUUGAUCAACUGUUAGGCGCAGACAAAGCUAAAGACUAUAUCAUGAAGAAAUCCAUUUUCUCAAUCACCAUAGGAGCAAAUGAUUUCCUCAACAAUUAUCUUCUCCCCGUUGUCUCAGUAGGAGCCAGGAUCUCCGAGAGCCCUGAUGCUUUCAUCGACGAUAUGAUCAGUCACCUAAGGAACCAACUAACUAGGCUUUACCAACUGGAUGCAAGGAAAUUUGUCAUUGGGAACGUCGGACCGAUAGGGUGCAUACCCUAUCAGAAGACAAUAAAUCAGUUGAACGCGGAUGAAUGUGUCGAUUUGGCUAAUAAGUUAGCAGUACAGUAUAAUGGAAAAUUGAAGGACCUGCUUUCUUCAUUGAACGAAACUCUUCCUGGCUCCACUUUUGUUUAUGCUGAUGUUUAUGCCCUGGUCAUGGAGCUCAUCACAAAUUAUGACAAAUAUGGAUUUACAACGGCGAGUACAGCUUGUUGUGGGAAUGGAGGCCAAUAUGCAGGGAUAAUACCGUGUGGACCGGCAUCUACUAUGUGUCAGGAUCGCUCCAAACAUGUAUUUUGGGAUCCUUACCAUCCAAGUGAGGCUGCAAAUGUCAUAAUCGCCAAGCAAUUGCUCUAUGGAGAUCGGAAAUACGUAUCUCCGAUCAAUCUCAAACAACUUCGAGAUCUUUAAAAUCAAUGAACUGUGGCUUGUCGUUUGAUCAACUGUACAAGUUUCUUUUCUCUGAUAUUGUUACCAUUUUGUUCUGUUUGUGUCACAAUAUAAGUACUUCUGAGAAAUGCCAGUAUGUAUGCAUUAAAUGUAAAAAUAUGACUACCAAUACAAAGAGAUUGUGUUAGAUUCAUUAUGGUUGAAGGUUGUUGGGUUGGGCGGCAUUUCUAGAAAGAAUAUAUUUCCCAGCCUGGAGCGUCAGUACGUAUAUUGAUUGAACUCUGCCUCCAUAAUAAAUAUCAAUGUACCUA